AUGGGCACCACUUUUACCACUAAUCCACUACCACCAUCGCGUUAUGACUCCACCACCACCAUGUCCUCCUCCCACCACCAACACCAACACCACUCCUCCUCCUUCACCAUUGCCACUCCUCUACCACCACCACCACCACCAUUUCCACUCUACUACCAUCGCCAUUCAUCACCAAUGCCACACCACCACCGCCAACACACCACCACCACAAUGGCCUCUUCCACAACCAUCACUACCACCUCCUUCACCACCGCCAUUGCCACUCCCACACCACUCCUCUACUAUCGCAACUCACCACCACUACUACCGCCGCCACUACAUCACCACACCGCCGCAAACGACAUACCACCAAUACCACCUCCUCCUCCACUACUGCCACUCCACCACCACCACCUCUACUACCAUCCACACACCACCACCAUACAACAUCGUCACUCACCGCCAUCAUCGCCAUCACCACUACUACUUUGGUACCACCAUUCCGCUUUGCCACCACCAUCGUCAUCAUAA